ACAGUUUAGCUCCAGACCUAUGCCAUUAAUAAACGUAGUCGCAGCUUCACUCGCUUUUUCUAAUAUUUAUUUUUUCUUUGCGAGUGUGUAUAAGUGUGUGUGCGAACAAUACAAAAAGUGAUAAAGACAUGUAAAUUGCGGGAAAUACACACAUUGGAGUAGAAGGCAGUAGCAUCCUAAAAAAAAUAUUAUUGUAACAUUGAAACUGUGCGUUACAAUUAACGUGUGUGUAAUCGCGCGUGUAAACGUUCGACGGAGUCUAUCUGUGUCUAUUAGACGUAUCAAGUGAAUAAUGGGGACCACCGCCAGCCACCAACAAUCUCCAUGAUGAUUGCAAUGAAGAUGAAAACGAUGAUGGCCAAUAUGCGGAAACCCCAGUAAAGUUAAGAUCUUCCAAGCGGAGAGUAUACAACAACAAAGAGUUAAGAAAAAAAAAUAGCUUUCUUCGCUAUGUGUAUAUAAAAGGAAAAAAGAUAUUGGAAAUAAAUGCAAACUGCGACAGCAAAGGCGUACCAAUAUCAUUACGUUAAAAUGCAACCCCCAGAAAAAGAAGCUGUGCAAUUAAUUGCUCAAAAUGAGAUUUUAAAUUUUUACAAAAUUUUAUCCAAGUGCAUCUGAUGUUGUCUCCAACAAGGGACAAAGACAACAACGACGACGACGUUAUUGUUGCCUCUUGCGCUCGACAAAAACGAAAAAACCAUAACAGAAGCUGCUGCAACAGCCGACAUCGUAAACGAAGCACAUUAAUAGCAAUUAUUGAAGUGGAAACAGUCGCCACUAAACUGGCGUAGCGGAAGCAUCUGCAGAGGUGAAAGCAAGAGUUACAGCAAGCGAAGUAACAACAAAAGCAACAAAAGCCAAUAUAAACAACAAUAAUUGCAAGGAUUACAAAACUGUAGCCCACACGACUUAGUAAAACUGCCCAAAAACACUCAAACAUACACACACACACACACUCACACUAAAACAUACUCACACAAAUAGCCCCCUGUCCUCUAUAACUACAGCCUAUAACAGAAGAGAGUGAGAGCAUCUUGGAGGAGAAACAUUCAAAGAUGGCCAUCAAUAUUUUGGAUUAUGACCAUUAUGCCAUCAGUGCCAUUGUGACGGUCAGCAUGCAGAUAUUCUUCUUUCUCAUCAAUUCCAUACUGCAGUUGGAUAAAUUAACUGACUUUGCUGGUGGCGUUAAUUUUAUCAUUAUUUCAUUGCUGACAUUUUUCCUGGGCCAAAUUGAUCGGCCAUCAAAGGCCUAUGAUAGCCGCCAAUUGAUGGUCACAUUGUUUGUAUGCCUUUGGGGCGCCCGUCUAUCCGGUUACCUUCUGUAUCGCAUCGUUAAACUGGGACGAGAUAAACAAUUCGAUGAUACACGACGAAACAUCAUUAGAUAUGCCGUAUUCUGGACAUUUCAGGCUGUCUGGGUGUAUAUUGUCUCGCUGCCGGUGAUUAUAAUUAACUCACCACGUCAUUCGCAACCCAAUGCCCCCAAGACAAUGACCACAUUGGACUCUGCUGGUACGGGUAUGUUCAUUGUCGGCUUGUUGGCAGAAACCUAUGCCGAUCUGCAGAAAUUCUCAUUUCGCCAAGACCCGGCGAAUCAGGGCAAGUUUUGCAAUGAUGGCCUAUGGCGUUUAUCGCGGCAUCCCAACUACUUUGGUGAAGUUGUCAUAUGGUGGGGUAUAUUUGCCAUUUCCCUUAAUGUUAUAUCCGGCCACGAGUGGGUGGCUAUCGCCUCACCGAUAUUCACAACGUUCAUUAUACUCUUCCUGUCGGGCAUACCACUGAGAGAACGAUCAGCCGAUGAGAAAUAUCGAGAUCAACUAGAGUAUCGUAAAUACAAAGCCUCCACCUCACCGCUGAUACCUGUACCACCGGCCGUCUAUGUUGAAGUACCAGCCGCAUUGAAAUUCAUACUCUGCUGUGAGUUUCCCAUCUACGAUACCAUGCAAAUCCAAAAGGACAUCAGCCCAUAUUCGCUGUCGAUUGCGCGCUCGCACUCACACAUAUAGCAGUCAAUAGCCCACUCUGGCAGUGGGCAGCAAAUGCAAGGCACAGUGGGCCAUAGUCUGCACAAGUAUGGCGAAUCCGGCUCAGUGCAUAGGGGUCAUUGUUAUGGAGCUAAUGGAGGUGAUCCCGAAAAUCAUAUGAAUUGUGGCGGCAGCUGUCGCAAUUCAUAUGUCAAAUCAGCCAAUCCGUAUCAGAAUGGCUCGGGAUAUGCCGCCAGCUAUGCUUGUAAUCCCAAUGAAGUAUCUCAGCAUCUCCAUCAUCAUCAGCAUCAGCAAAUGGUUGCCAACAAUAAUAACAGCAAAUCGCUUGAUGUCGAUGAUGACACGGAUGAUGGUAUCAUUUAUAUGCCUGGUCCAUCGGCGUCCAACACCAAGAAACAGUCGCACUAUUUUCCCGCACCCACAAAAUCAAUGGAGCGCUUCGAGGAGCCCUCGUCGAUUAUCGAUGUGGAGGAGCAGGUCGAGGCCGAAAUGGAGGAGGACUAUGACGAGGAUAUACCGCCGAUAGAUCUGAGUAAACCGCCCAGUGUGCAGAGCUUUGGCACCAAUGUGCGAACGGAAAAGGAAGUACAAAUUAAUGCCGAUGGCAAACCGAUAACGGUAACGACAAUAUUGUGAUUCCAUUUCCUGCCCCCAUUGACAAUUAGAACUACAGCGAUAGCGACAGUGACAGCGAUGGCGAUGAUGACGGCGACCAAGAGCUCAGUCGUCAUUCCAACGUAUGUUAAUUUAUUGACGACGAAAUCAAUGAGCCUGCUCCGCAUAUUGCACGUCAUCAUAAUUGUUCACCAUACGCCAGCAAUUGAUUUAGUGACGCUGGAACAGUCACACCACUUGCAUGGAUGGAGGGAGGCAACGCAGUGGCAUGCAUGCGUACGUAUUUCAAGAUUUUCGAUAACAUUUUUGGUUGGUAUUUAUAAACAAUUUCCACCAUUAGCAUUUUUUUUUCAUUUCGUUUUGUUUUGUUUAUUUGUUAAAAAGACGUACGAGGCGAGAUACGUACACAAAAAGCAAAAGAACUGGGGAGAGGUGAAGUUUUUACAAACAAAUGCUCAGCGAUUUUUAUUUUUAUAUAGGCGAGAAUAUGUGUCAGCUUUAAAAUAAAUUACCUAAAUAAUUAAAUGGCAUA